UGGUUAGGCUGCAGAUUAGAGACAGAAAAAGCUGAGGAGUUGAUCUAGGAAUAGCAGCAGCUCGCAGUCAGGAGUCAGAUCAGGUCCUGAGACUCUAUCCGAGCACAACUCGGAGCUCACAGUUCCGCUGCUGCUCUGUUUGUUUGUUGGGUUUACGGGACUUUUUUCUGAGCGCGCUGUCCGGGUUUGGGGGCUCUUAGCCCGCUGAGUGUGUUCUCCUCCCCGCGGCUCGGUCGGUUUCCCGCGUUUCCGCUCGAUCUAAAGGAGCCGGAGCAUCAUGACUCUCCUCGCGAGCGUGCGGCGCCACAGCCUGCGCGUGCAGCAGCGCCUGCACCGGUGGAGCAUCUGCGGGACGGAGGGAGGGCACCUGCUGACUGACGGACCCUCCACCUCCUCCGCUGCUGCAGGACCGCCGCGCUCCCGCUCCUGCUGCUACGAGGAGCCCCCCGCCCUGCCCCCCAGCGCCAGCGGACCCUUCACCGUGGUGCUGCUGGGGGAAGACGGCGUGGGAAAGACGGCGCUCGCGAGCAUUUUCGCCGGGGCUGCAGACAGCAUGCAGUGCGACUGCGAGCAGUAUGGAGGUGAGACGGUGGAGCAGCACAUGGUGGUGGAUGGUGAAAGUGCUACCGUUACAUUAUUGGACAUGUGGGAUUCCCAGAAUGGAGACAGCUGCCCACAGUCCGGAGAUGCCUUCAUCAUCGUCUACUCCAUAACAGACAGAGCCAGUUUCCAGAAAGCUUCUGAACUGCGAGUGCAGCUGCGGCAAGAGCGCGAGCCUAAUCAGACUCCCAUCAUCCUCGUGGGCAACAAGUGUGACCUUGUCCGGAGGAGAGAAGUGUCAGUCAAUGAGGGUCGAACUUGUGCAAUGGUCUUCGACUGCAAGUUCAUUGAAACAUCAGCAGCGAUGCAGCACAACGUCUGGCCCCUGUUCGAGGGCAUUGUCCGCCAGCUGCGUCUGCGGAGGGACAGCGCCGAGGCCAUCAACCGAUGGCGAGCUCAGUUCCAGCAGUCCGAAAGCGUCCAUAAGAAAGCCAAGCGCUUCAUUGAUAAACUGGUGGCCAAAAAGAACAAGCAUGCAGCGUUCAGGCUGAGGUCCAAAUCCUGCCAUGAUCUGUCCGUUCUGUGACCUCUUGACCUGUACUGGGAGUGUGGGAGAAGAUAUUUACAAAAACUGACUGAACCAAGCCAAAUAUUUAUGUUUAUUUAUAUUAUUUAAUACUUUUCCCUCAGUUUGUUGGAGAUUAUUUUGACUAUCAAUAGCUGGUAGUCACAUCAGAGCAUAAAGUAUUGUUCAACUAGGGCUGGAGAAUAGUUCUUAUCAGUAUAUUUCACCAUAAACACAUUUCAUUACUGGUCAUAUGUUUGUGAUAUUUUAACAUACAUUAUUUACAGCAUUCUUCAAAGACUGAAAUUUGUUUAAGGGCACAUUACAUUAUCAGAAGUCUGCGGAUCAUCUGUCCAGAAUUAUAUCAUAUUGACUAAAAUGAAGAAAUAUAUACAGCUCUGGGAAAAAUAAGAGACCACUUCCGUUUCUCUAAUUUUGCUAUUUAUAGGUUUAUGUUUGAGUAAAAUGAACAUUGUUGUUUUAUUCUAUAAACUACAGACAAUAUUUCUCCCAAAUUCCAAAUAAAAAUAUUGUCAUUUAGAGCAUUUAUUUGCAGAAAAUGAAAAUUGGCUGAAAUAACAAAAAAGAUGCAGAGCUUCCAGACCUCAAAUAAUACAAAGAAAACGUUUAAAAGUUCAUAUGCAUAAAAUUUUAAGAGUUCAGAAAUCAAUAUUUGGUGGAAUAACCCUGGUUUUUAAUCACAGUUUUUAUGCAUCUUGGCAUGUUCUCCUCCACCAGUCUUACACACUGCUUUGGGAUAACUUUAUGUCUUUACUCCUGGUGCAACAAUUUAAGCAGUUCAGCUUGGUUUGAUUGCUUGUGAUCAUCCAUCUUUUCAAUUUGGUAAAAAAAAAAAAAAAAAAAAAUUUAGGUGGUCUCUUAUUGAGUUGUAUCUAUAUAUAUAUAUAUAUCAUCCAGCCCUAUGUUCAACUAAAACUACUGUACUGCUUGUUAUUUUUUAUAUUAUCAGAAGUUUUAGAUGCUUAAAAUUUGAUUCUGUAUCACAAAAACUUAAGAUAUUCCUCAGAGAAGCAGAAAGAGAGUUUAAAACUAUGCCCUGUUCACUUUUAUGUUUAGUAUUACAAACCGACACAGAACUACGGGACAUUCUUUAAAAUAAAGCUGUCUCUAGAGGCUCUUUGAGUGAUGAGCCUUAGAAAAAACAUUGGCUCUAUACAGAACAAUGUUUGUAAUAGAGAUGUAGGAGUUGUAGAAGUAGAUGUAGAUGUAAAAGAAGUAAGAGUUUUCUGACCUUCUUUAGAUGUGUUAGAUGCGUCUGUGGGCUACGAUGGGUAAUAUGGAAAAUUAUCAAGAUUUUAACCCUUUAACACCCUGCAUCCAUUACAAUAGACAUCACAGGCUCAUUCUUAUAGUGAACUAAUUUUAUGUUUUAAACACUUUUAUCAUGUUUCUUUAAUUGUUUAGAGAUGUGAAAUAAAAAGGUCAAUAUAAUUUUUUUAAUUAAAAUGUUAAACACAGGUUUCGAGUGCAAUUAACAUUUUAAAAGCAUAAUUUUUUUUUUAAAGUUAAUUGGAAUUCAUUUUUAGUUUUUAUAUUAAAAUAUUAGAAUCGUCUUUUCUUAUAUUUUAUUCUUAUAUUUUGGAACAUAAUUCAAGUCUGAAAGGGUUAAGAUACAGACAAAAUAUACUAGUAAAAGCAGAUUCUUUAAAAAAAGCAUUUUUUAAAAAAUACUAUCUCAUGCAUAAUACAGUUAUUUUAAAUAUUUUAAUCUGGUCCACUGGACUAAUUACACUCUCUGUAAUGAAAUCGACCAUAGUUUAGUGUUUUUUAAGCACCGAUAAUGCUUAAAUAAUCUAUAUAUAUCUAUGUAAAAUUCCCAAAAAAGUAUACUGUGUGUCACAAUAAGAAAAAUUACUAAAAUCAAUAUAACCCCUUUGUUUUGGAAUGCAUCUCUAUUACAGUCAUGAUUCUAGCUUCUAUGGCAUCACACAAAGAACCACUUAUGUAAAGCACCUUUAUUUGUAAUGUAUUUAUUGUAAUGUACAAACAGUAUACCCUAGCAGACGUGGAAUUUCUACAAUAUACUGUAUUAUAUGAGAAUGUGACUACAGCCACCAGAAACUGUGUAAUGCUAGCUUUCCAAGUGUUUUACCUGAAUCCCUGAUCACUGAAGCACUGUUCACUAUGAUAGAGUUCACUCUAGUGCUCCUAUUUUCCCUCUAUAGUCACUACUGAUUAGGAGACGAAUGUGACUUGAGAGAAUUCAUUGGCAGGUGAAUGCACUUGCAGCUUCUGAGAAUGUGUGAUAAUUGAGAAUGUAUUUUCAUGAGGUGUGUAGGAGAUAGCGAUGAGCGGUCAGUCUGUAGACGCUGUGCUAGAUUCAGACAUUCAGCACCAUCUGUGAUGGACCGAAAUCAAACUCGCUACCCACAUCCUCCUGCUGUUCAACAUGCAUUCACCAGGAGUCCCCGCUCCAAUCCAAAUCAGCCUUUUACCUCCCUAAAGGCAAUUUUACAAUAUACAUUUUUUUUACUGUUUUUAAUAUAUGAGAUAUAAUAUAUUGUUGUGUAUCAGUAUACAGUAGUUACAGUGUAUACUUCUAAAUGUGUCCUUGUACCUCAGUGUGUAAAGAUCUAUUUUCCAUGUGUGUUUCUGAUCUAAAUUUGUAAUUUCAUAUCAAAAUAAAAAGCUAUUUUUAUA